UCCACAAAACUCCUAAAUCCAAAACUCCACAGUCCAGACGCCCUAUUUCCAUAAAACUUCACGCCUUCACGGACAGUCGGACACACAUCUCUCGCGCCGACACACCAUCAUCCCUCACCCUGUCCCCUUCGGCCUCCGGCACUUCUCCGGCGAAUAGUAGCUCGGUGAACGGUAGCUAGGCAACUGGUAGCUGUGUGCGUAGACUUUGAACGACGCUUCUGUCGCUCUCCUUCUUGUAGCUCUGCAAAUAUUUAAAUCCCUUAAUUUACAGCAGAGUUUAUGGCUGAAAUUGAUAAAAGCAUUGAUGAACAUGAAAAUGAUGGACCAUUAGAGAUGGCACCAGAGACAGAGCUAGAGCAAGAGGGGGAGAUGGAGCCUGAGCUGGAGCAGGAGGAAUCUCAUCCUGAGCAAAAGCCAGAAAUAGAAAAUGCUUUGACUACCGAAGGGGGUGAUAGGUGGCCUGGGUGGCCUGGAGAAAGUGUAUUCCGGAUGUUGGUGCCUGCGCAAAAGGUUGGUAGUAUUAUUGGACGGAAGGGAGAGUACAUUAAAAAGAUGUGUGAAGAGGCAAAAGCUCGCAUUAAGAUUCUUGAUGGUCCUCCAGGAACAGCAGAGAGAGCUGUUAUGGUAUCUGCUAAGGAGGAGCCUGAUUCUUCUCUGCCACCUGCUAUAGAUGGUCUUCUAAGGGUUCAUAAACGUGUUGUGGAUGGGUUGGACAGUGAUCCUUCUCAUUCGCCACCUACUGUAAGUGGAAAGGUUUCAACAAAGCUGCUUGUGCCAGCUGCACAGGCAGGGAGUUUAAUUGGAAAACAAGGAACAACUGUCAAAUCCAUUCAGGAAGCUUCUAAUUGUAUUGUUAGAGUUCUUGGAGCAGAGGACCUUCCGGUGUUUGCCUUGCCAGAUGAUAGGAUUGUUGAAGUUGUUGGGGAGCCUACUGGUGUACACAUGGCAAUUGAGUUAAUUGGCUCUCACCUCAGGAAGUUUUUAGUUGAUCGUAGCAUAAUUCCAAUCUUUGAAAUGCAGAUGCAAGCACCGAAUCCUCCUGUCGAACAUGUACCUCCCCAAUCAUGGGGUCCUCCGCCUCAAGCUUAUCAUCCAAAUGCUGUUGGAGGUCCUGGAUAUGGUUCUAGUCCUCAUUUUAUGCCACCUCCCAGGCAACGUGAUAAUUAUUAUCCUCCACCUGAUAUGCCACCUCCAGUGGAGAGACCUCCUCAUCAGGGUAUAUCUGCCUAUGGAAGAGAAGCUCCAAUGACAGUUCAUGCACCGUCCAACAACCAGUCAGGAUCAACCGUAAUUACUCAGAUCACACAGCAAAUGCAAAUCCCACUGUCUUAUGCUGAUGCCGUUAUUGGGACAAAUGGUUCAAGUAUAAGUUACAUUCGGAGGGUCAGUGGUGCUACUGUUACCAUACAGGAAGCAAGGGGAGUUCCUGGGGAGAUGACAGUUGAGAUAAGUGGGACUGCUUCUCAAGUCCAGACUGCACAGCAGUUGAUACAGAAUUUUAUGGCGGAUGCUGCGGCUGCUCCACAGACUCAGCAAGCUCCUCUUGCUGAUCAAGGCUACAGUGCUUAUGCACCCCCAGGGUCGAUGUACUCGUCAGCCCCGCAAAACACAGGUAUUCCUGGGCAAACUGGGGGCUACAGUUCAGUGUAUGGUUCCAACUAUGGCUAUUAAUCAGCGUCAUGAGAAGCUUGAUAUCAGCUUUUUCCAUUCUUUCCAACCUGUUAUCUUUUUUUAUUUAUUUCUUUUUUAUUUGGGGGUAUAAAAAACCUAAUAAUCCCUAAGAAAUUUGGCUGAUAUCUGUUAUUGUACUACUAAAUAGGCCUAGAAACAAACAUCAAGUUGUACGAUAGGUGUAUUGUACCGUUUAGCUCUUGGCAACAUUGAACCUAACCUUACCUUGCUUUGUCUGUCUUGCUUGUCAAUUGAUAUGCUAUUAGUAUUUAGCCUUACCUCAAAUGUUCGGUUCUCGAUGUGUACUGCAUGAUGAGUAUUUACUUAAAUUGUAAUGAUUAGUAGGCUA